AUGUUUAAAAAAAUAUUAAGUGGUGAUUUAUAUGCUACCGAUCCAAAAAUGUGGACUUGUUCAUGUCCAGCUUAUCUUAACAGCCACUUUCUUCUUUGCAAAUAUCUGGUCCAAUCUGUCUGUCUCUUAAAACCAAACUUCUUUAAUAAAGUUAUACAAUAUAGAUCUCUGUCUUUCUGGAGGCAUAAUGAUCUGAUUCUACUAGCACAAGGUUUAGAGCCAGUCGAGGAAGAUGAACUUGAAGAAUUUGAGCUAAUUAAUGAGAAAAAUAUGCCAAUAGAAGAUAUGAAACCAAAUGAUGAAACUGAUAAGGAACUUGCGGAAGCACUCCAAGAAUAUGAAGAGAGUGAUGAUACGAUUGAUAAUAUAAUUGUUGAAAAAUCUAAUAAGAUUCAAGAGCAGUAUAGAGAUACUCAGUUUUUAUUAGCUGCUGAAAAUGCAAUGUAUAGGAUAGAAAAAAUGUUAGCAAAAU